AUGUCUUAUGGUGCAAGAGGCUCUCGACCGGAUAAAGCAAAGAAGAGGAGCCUUCGAGUUACUAACCGCACCACGGCCGCGCAGAAGAUGAACGUCUCCCGUUCACCUCCCAGUGAGCGCGUUGCGUCAGUAUCACUCGUUACCAAGUCUGGUUCUCCAGCAGCGCAAAGAGAGUAUAAUCUCAGCUCGGGGAGUGAAUUACAAAUGAGUAGACGUUCAGAGUCAUGUAUUGACCAGAAAGAGAACCGGUGGGGUAAGCAAACAGUUACAUCAGUCUCUCCUAAGUAUGCUGUGAAAGAAACAACUUACCAGCGAGCACAAAUACAGGGAUCGUCUAUUUUGCCGAUAGUGGUAAGUCGGAUUGCACCACCUUCCGUGCAGCGAGACGAAGUGGGAAGCCCUAUUGGACCAAAUCAAAUGAGAGGAGGCACCACGUGGAAAACCGAAAAGAUUGCAAAACCUUCACUCCAGCCUAGUGCAGCAGCGACUGUCAAAGACGUGGAAGCACGAGCACCAUCUGAUUUCUCCCCGACAGAAAGAGAGAAAAGACAAAAAAGAGACCAAUAUGAUCGAGAAAGUGAUAAAACAGAGGAGGCCAGCCUGCAUGAUUCUAGCGCGUCCUGUAAAAAAUCAGCGUCAAGUCUUCAACAAGAAGAUUCGAAGUCAGACUCGGUUGACACUCAAAGGAUGGAUGCGAUUGUGCAACGGAUGCGCGAAUUCGCUUGGAUGUGCGAGCAGUUGUCAAUCCAACAGUUGCGUAACCAAUUCGAAGCCUUACCAUCGCCGGACUGGCAAGAUUGUAAAGCAUUCAUGGCAACGGAGAAUGUCAAAAAGAACCGCUACAGUAAUAUUCCCUGCAUCGAUUCAUCGAGAAUACAGUUACACACUCUCCGAUCGGAUGCUUCUUAUGGCGGCUAUAUCCAUGCUAAUCGAGUGGAUUAUCCCACACUCAGGAAUAAGUACAUCAUUACCCAGGGCCCUUUGCCGAGUACGGUAAGCGCGUUUUGGGAGAUGAUUUGGCAGGAAAAUGUUCUUCACGUUGUAAUGCUAUGUCAAAAUAUAGAGGAUGGAAAGCGCAAAUGUGCACAGUACUUCAGCAAUAAGCCCAACUCUGUCACAAUCUACGCACAUUUUACGGUGUCGUUGAAAGAACAGAAAUGGGAGGAUCAGUUCAUAGUUUCAACUAUCGAACUUGAGUUUAUGGAAGAAUCACGGACAAUCACACAUUAUCAAUGGAAAGAGUGGAAUGAUUACAAGGCUCCUCGUGACAACAUAAUCACCUUACUGCAAAAGGUCCGCGGAAAAUCUACCGUAGUAGUACACUGCUCAGCUGGGGUUGGCAGAAGUGGCACAUUUGUGGCGAUAGAAAUGUGUCUGCAAGAUCUUGCUAAUGGACGUAUGAUUAAUGUACAGCAGGCAGUGAUAAGCCUCCGACGUUGUCGUGCACUCGCUGUACAAACAUUUCCACAAUAUUUAUCAAUUUUUCGUGCAAUUUUACGAAUAGGUGAAAAACACGGGGCGAUAACGCAGCAAGACAUUCAACACUUUUGUCGUUUGUAUGAUGAGCAGCUGGAUGGUUAAGCAAAAAAAAACUUCACUAAUUCAAAAGACAUUCAAGAUACUCAUCGUUUGAAUUCAUAUUGAUAUUACAAUCUUUAGAGUAACCAAAUUUCAAUA